AUGGGUACCCAGAAGAAAGAAAAGAACCGCAAGGAGCGCGAGGGCAAGACGGGCGAUGGCAUGGGCAAUGUCAAGACCAAGGGCGAGAACUUUUACCGAUCUGCGAAGAAGGUCAAGGUCCUCAAGCGCCUCACUGACGGCAAGGCCCAGCGCAAUGCCAAGGGAGACAUCACCAAGUCGGCCUCGUACCAGUCGCGCGAGGCCCCCGUCGCCCGUGUCGAACCCAACCGCAAGUGGUUCAACAACACGCGUGUCAUCUCUCAGGAUGCCCUCGAGUCGUUCCGCUCCGCCGUGCAGGCGCAGUCGUCGAACCCCUCGACCUACCUCAUGAAGCGCAACAAGCUGCCCAUGAGCCUGAUCGAGGAGAAGGGCAACAUCAACGGCCUCAAGGAACAUGCCGCCAAGAUUGCCGUCGAGUCGCAGCCCUUCAAGGACACCUUUGGCCCCAAGGCCCAGCGCAAGCGGCCCAAGCUGGACUUCAGCACCAUCGAGGACCUCGCUGGCCGCACUGACACCAUGCACGACACCUACCUCGACCGUCUCGAGCAGGCCAAGCUGCUGUCAGGCACCUCUGGCGAUCCCGAGGCCGACAACGACAACCCCGACGGCGACUUUGCCCAGGCACGAGAGUUCAUCUUCAUGAAGGGUACUAGUAAGCGUAUCUGGAACGAGCUGUACAAGGUUAUCGACUCUAGCGAUGUUAUUCUGCACGUCCUGGACGCCCGUGAUCCCGACGGAACCCGCUGCCGCAGUGUUGAGAAGUACAUCCGCACCGAGGCACCUCACAAACAUCUUGUCUUCGUCCUGAACAAGGUCGAUCUCGUCCCCUCCAAGGUUGCAGCUGCCUGGGUCCGACAUCUCAGCAAAGAGUUUCCCACACUUGCUUUCCACGCCAACAUCAACAACAGCUUCGGCAAAGGUUCCCUCAUCGCCCUCCUCCGCCAGUUCUCAUCCCUCCACAGCGAUCGCAAGCAGAUCUCCGUCGGCAUGGUUGGCUACCCAAACACUGGCAAGUCAUCCAUCAUCAACACACUGCGAAAGAAGAAGGUUUGUGUCGUUGCGCCCAUUGCUGGUGAGACCAAGGUCUGGCAAUACAUCACAUUGAUGAAACGUAUUUACAUGAUCGAUUGCCCGGGUAUUGUGCCACCGAAUCAGGACGACACCGAUGAAGAUCUACUGUUGAGAGGUAGUGUUCGUGUCGAGAACGUCGAGUACCCAGCACAAUACAUUGAGGCUGUACUUCGCCGAGUACAACCAAGGCAUCUGCAACGGACAUAUGAGAUCUAUGAUUACGAGGAUGGGGUCAUGUUUCUCGAGCAACUGUGUCGGAAGAGCGGCAGGCUUCUCAAGGGUGGUGAAGCCGACAUUGACGGUGCUGCGAAGAUGGUCUUGAACGACUGGAUACGCGGAAAGAUUCCCUGGUUCACUCCACCACCUUACAAGGAGGGCGAGGAAAAUGCACCUGUCAAAGAAGGCCGCGAAGGUCGCCUAGGAGAGAUGAGCAAAAAGAGGAAGCGAGAUGGCGAGAGCGCGACCAACGGCAGUGUCGCAGCCACUACUGACACCACUGGUGCACCCCAAGACGAUGCAGUUGACGAGGAUGACGAUGACGAUGAUGAGGACGACGAGUUUGGUGGCUUCAGCGAUGGCGACGGGCUCGAGCUUGACGGCGAUGAUAGUGAGGACGAGUCUGACGAGGGUGGCGCGCCUGUCGAUGACGAAGAGGAAUCAGAAGACGAUGCAGAGGUCGAGCAAGAAGUCGCUGCGAUAUCAGAAGCACUAGCAAAAGCAAAGAAGCGGCAACGGACGGCGUAG